AUUAACCCUUUUAUUCUCCCAAUCCCCGCAAGGUAGUUAAUAUUCCCUAUUAUUACAAUAUGUGCUCUGGGCAAUGGAAGCCUUGAUCGAAAUUUCAUACAAAGAAUUAAAUGCACAAACAAGGAUUCCCCAGGUUUCUGUGACCCUAUGUUAAAUUCGAGGAUGUGACCCAGAAACCCGAGUCUGUCCGCGUCCCGUCUGCACCCUCUGCUGGCGUGAGGUGGCGCUGUCUGGCCGCAGCAUGCGGGAGCAUCCACACUCAUUCCGCAAAAGGAGUGUCGACAUUCUCAGGAUUCGGCAAGUGAAGAUUCGGGCGUCAGAGAAGAGCCAGGACCGAGCCAGGAGCUAGUGGGAGGCACCCGAGCGAGUCAGGGGUGGAGACCUACUGCUGGGGGCGUCGUCUCUGGUGGGGUGGGGCGGGGCCUCUGUCCGAGACCCCGCCAGCCUGCGGGCCCAGACGUGGCGCUGCGGCUGGGUGGUUGGCCUCCAGCCUACGGAUCAUUUGCUGGGUACCGAUGAGCUUCCUGCUGCUAUCGCCGCCGGUGCUGCUGCUUCUUGCGGCGCUUGUGGCCCCAGCUACCGCCGCCACCACCUACCGGCCGGAUUGGAACCGCCUGCGCGGCCUGGCCCGGGCCCGGGUAGAGACCUGUGGAGGAUGACAGCUGAACCGCCUAAAGGAGGUGAAGGCAUUCGUCACCCAGGACAUUCCAUUCUACCACAACCUGGUGAUGAAACACCUCCCUGGAGCCGACCCUGAGUUGGUACUGCUGGGCCGCCGCUAUGAGGAACUAGAGCGCAUCCCACUCAGCGAAAUGACCCGUGAGGAAAUCAACGCGCUGGUGCAGGAACUCGGGUUUUACCGCAAGGCGGCGCCGGAUGCGCAAGUGCCCCCCGAGUACCUGUGGGCGCCGGCUAAGCCCCCAGAGGAGGCUUCUGACCGCGCCGACUUGUAGGCCCGGGGGUGCGGCGGGGCUGGGGCCACACUGCCAGAGCCCCGGAGACAGAAUGAAGCGCUCAGCAUCCCGGGAGCACCUCCCUUGCUGAGGGCCGACGCCUCGUCUCCGAGCCAGCAGAAAUGGGGUUGGGAGGUGUUUCCCAACCCCCCUUUCUUCCCUCCUCAGCUCCACUAAAUCCCUUCCACCUUAAUUGAGGCUCUUCUCCUUCCUUGCUACUG